AGGAAAAGCAGACGCCCCCAACGGCAAGGCGAGUCAGUGAGGUUCACCACCAGGACGAAACAACUGCAAAACUGGUAUUCCAGCUCCAAAACCGUUUUCCGUCCCCAAAACUUGGGCCCCCAACGGAAAACCGGACCCGCUGCACAGAAAACCGGACCCGCUGUAUGAGUUGCCCUCCUCCGUCGGGGGGUCGGGACUCGCUCCGCGUUCCGGCGGCCGCGUCGCGAAAUGCAUGCAAAGCCCCCAAGCUCGUAUGGAAGCCCCCAUCAAGAAAGACGGUACCGAAUGAAAAAGUCUCGAUGGCCCUCUCUGUUGCCUCUUGGUGGUCUCGCGGCGGGGGUCAGCUCUGCCGGCUCCUCUGCGGGCGUAAUACUAUCGUGUCGACCGAAACUGACAUAGCGAAAGGGAAGAAGCACAGCUGAUUUGUGUUUUGUCGUGCUAUUCACCGUCGCAAAUGGAUGUACCACUUUCACAUGCAGCGCUUAUUUUUCACACAACGUUCACAUCACAGGUCCACAUUCGUAAUAGCCCACAGGUCUUCAGGCAUCAACUUUGUGAAAAAACCACUUGCUGCUCUGUGCCCACAAAAUGCGCGUGGACCCUCACUCCCUCUCAUUUGGCUGCUGUCUUGAGUGCCGUGCAAAUCUCUUCGUAGUGGGGGAUGGUCGCAAUGUCCCCGUAACACACCACGGUAGGGCGCUUCUGCAGCAUCUCGGUCGCAACUCUGUGCGUAAAAGAUCAAAUGCACGUCACGGGUGGAUGUUGAUUGGAGUUGACGUGACAGUGUGUCCGUGGAUGUACCUGGCGAUGUCCUUUUCGGUGACGGCAUCGAUGGCCGCACAGAAGGCAUGGCCGUCCACCACCUUGCCGCUCAUCAGCAGCUGGCGAGCCACAUCCUCCAUCACGAUGGCACGAUUCUCUGAAUAAACGCAUCAUGUGCAGAGUGCGGCAGAAACGUUUAGUGCGAGGCUUGUGUCCCGCCCACCGAGGUUCAUCCAGAUGGAUGCUUUGAGGCAGUUCUUGGCCCGCUUGAGCUCCUCAGCAGUGACGGUCUUCAUCUUGACCAGCUGGUCGCACAUGACAGCUAUCGCCUCGGUGCCCUGCCCGCACAGAUGGAUACGUCUGUGUGCAGAGACAAGGGCAUUUAUGUGUUUGUCACCUGCAGGGGUGCGUGAACGAAGUAAAGUCCAAAGAGCCCCGAGUCAGAGUACAUGGUGUUGAACGCCACGCACGACUCAAGCCAAUUGUGCCUGUUCAGGACUGAACCCCGCAGACAUGCAUGAAAUCCAAAUGUGUAUAUACGAAUGUAUCAGUGUUGGCACCCACCGUCGGUGUAGAGUCGUGUGUGGAUCCCUUUGCCGGGUCCGCCGGUGGAGAAUGAGCCGCCCCCGCCCAGCAGCGUCUGCAGCACCGUCGCAGCCUCCAAAUCCCUGGAGUUCCAACCACCCUGGCAGAUACACACAUAGGUACAUAGGUGCACACACGUUUCGGCCACACGCAUGUAUGGGUGUGGAUCCAUGCAUAGUUUCUGGAUACAUCCAAUCGAUCUGACCACUUCAAAUCCGAUGGCCGUGUGGCAGACAGGUAGGUUGGCCUCAAUGCGCUGGUCGCCGCCUGGUGUACACCACAGGACAUCCGACGCACGUCGUUACAUUCGCAAUGCCUGCUUACCAGUGUAGAUUGGCUUGAUCUCUGGGCGGUCCUGGUGUGGGAUGGCUGCUCACAAAUGUGCACACAGGGUUAUGAGUGUUGACUGUUCGGGCGGGUAUCUGUGCUUGUGUACGAUUGUAGUCGACGAAGGAUCUCAUGAGCCACUUGCAGAGCUCCUCGUGCUUGACAUUCACACCCAUGAACACCAUACGAUCUGCAUAAGGCCGCAAUUGUAUCUUGCUCACGCCGUUUCCGUUUCCCCCCUUGUCUGCGUCUGUUGAUGUUCGUUGUUUACUGGGUGAGAAGUGCUGCAUCAUGAAGUCUCGGACGGUGUGCUCGUUGAAGUAACUCAAAGACCGCUCUGUGGCAUACAACUUGUUGCCUGCACGCAUCAACAGGGGCACGGAUGGCCAGACAGACCCUGGAAGUCUCCCUGUCCACCACACGCGUACCCAGUGUGUUGUUAUGGUACGCAGUUAUGUGGAGCAUCUCGGUGAGGAAAGCAUCCGGCUUCUUCUCCUGCAGCAACAACACAUACCACAGUUCCGCCUCGUUGCUGCUCGCUCGCUUUAGGUCUGUCCGUCGCUGUUUACCAAUUGGCGCCUUUGCUUGUCGACGAAUCUGUGUCUGUCCUUGACCUCCCAGUUGAGUAGCCGUGGAAAGAGCACGUUGCCGAUCAACAUGGGCACCAGCAGCGGCAUGUAAUGACGCAGACACUCUGCCUGGUAUACCACAUGCUCUCUAGCAUUUCAGAGACGCAGGGGAUACAGAAAGAUGGAUGUUUGCAGGCGUGACAACACUGCUGAGCCAUGGCAGACCUUCCGGCUUGGCACGUGGCGUUCGCGCCGAGUGCCUCUAUGGUUUUGAUGGUGCGAAGGUAGGACAGGUGUGCAGUGGAGUGGUAGGCCAUCAGCUCUAUCAUGUGCGACACCCCAUAGUUGGUCACGUCCUCGUAACGGGAACCAGCAUGCACAAAUAGACCUGACACACAUAAGCAGCCGAAAGGACGGGGAUAAUGUGUCAGCCCCCCACCCCUCCCCGCAUGUGCGCACUACUACAUCCACCGACCGAGUGAGCAUGUGAGUCCGUCCCUGUCGAUGGAGACGAUCUUGAGGCCAUUCUCUAGAGUUGAGUACUCCAGCUCGGGCUUCUUCAACUCACUCAAAUCGGGCGCAUGAUACUCGCCCUGAACAUUCAACAUACACACAUAUCACUGACAGCCGUCUGCCAUGAACAGUGACGAGCAGACCUGCCUUCCUGCCUGCCCUCCCUUCCAUCCCCCUCCCCUGCGUACGUACGUUCUUGAGUAUGCUUUUGUCCAGCGGUGUGUUUGCGUAGAUGUUCUGGACGGGAUCUUCGUCUCCGAUGAAGUAGUACUUGAAGUCGGGCACCUCCUCCAUCACCAGCUCCAUGUCCUCCUUGACAAACGGCACUGUCUUGAACGUCGGCUUGCUCGCCUUGGCCACCGCAGAUACAGCAGACGCAGACGCUGCCGCGGCGGACGCCUGCUGGCGCACGCUCAGCCGGUGCCCGGCGGGGGACAGCAGCGACGGCACAGGCAGACGCCUCAGGCAGCGCAGCGUGCCGCUCCUCAUCUUCCUUGACUCAGGUCUCUUAGGGUCUUGCAUGAAACGGCCUCUGCAAGCGAUCGGCGGCCUGGCUGUUCCCUACGGCUACAGCCCACCCAACAACCCCUCCAGCUGCCCAGGGUGCGGUUCCGCCUUCACCCUCACCCAUGCCCCGGACUGCGCGAAGGGCGGGCUGGUGAUACAGCGACACAACGAGCUGCGGGACGUGAUU